CACCGUGGCCGCGCGCUCAUCGUAUCAACAGCACAUCCCCUUGGCAUCCAAAAUUCUCGAAAGCUAGCGACAGAAAGAGCAGGAGAGAGCAAGGGAGCUGGGCCAGCUGGCACAGAAAGCAGAACAGAACAAGCCACCGAUUGAUUUUUCUCGAGCAUUGGAAACGCGGAAAAACUGAGGAAAUCAAACGACGCAGGGUAAACCAAUCCCCUGCAGCAUUUCCAUAUGGAAAUGAAAAUGGCGGAGGCGCAGAAGUCCAAGGACUCCUCCUCUGCAAGCGAAGACCAGCUGCCAGCUGGCUCUGUUCUUGCUGAGGACGAGGAAGAGGAAGUGGAAGUGGAGGUCGAGCAGGAGCAGGAGCAGCAGGAACUGCUCAGCGAACGAUGGUCUCCGCUAGGAGCCAACUACGACGAUGCGAAUAGCGCCAGUUCUGGCGUGGAUUGUGAACUGGAACCAGGGCCUGAUAAAUCAGAAACGCGACGUGGAAGCAGUACUGGCAGCGAACUGGCCCGUCUGCGUAGCAUUGAGGAGGAGCAGGAGCUGCUCACCAGUUCCCUGCUGGCGUUGACCUCUCACUUUGCCCACGUCCAACUACGAGUUCGCCAAAUAGUGGAGGCACCAGCGGAGGAGCGGGAUCAACUGCUACGCGACCUUGAUGACUUUGCCUUCCAGGGUAUUCCGGAGGCAGUGCAGUCCAAGGAGCCCCAUUCGGACACGGACUCCAAUGACCGCGAAAAGGAAUCUAGUGCCGAUAGCCAGCUUAUAGAGCAGCUGAAAUCCCAGCUCACUGAACUGGAGCAAAUAGCCUACGAGGCUGGAGAACCUGGCAUUCUACCACAACACGUCAUGCUCGAGAAGCAGAAGUUUAUACUGGACGAGCUGCGCUCCAAACUCAAUCUCCAGGUGGAGCAACAUGAACUACCGUCACUCAGUACGGAGCAGCUGCGCCACCAGGUUGACAAUGCUAUCGGUGAGUUCGUGGGCCCACUGAAGAUGAAGGAGCAACUGGUGGCCCAACUAAAGACCCAGAUUACCGACCUGGAGCGCUUCAUUGCCUUUCUGCAGUGCGAUGCGGUGGAGGGAUCCGUUGGGGAUCGAUUGAAACUCCUAUCAGGAGCCUACAACAGCUAUGCGGCCAAACAGACAGCCCGGAGUUCGCUGGCAGCCUCAAUUGCCCCAGCUCCUGGCAUAGCCAACGCUCCUGCCACGUCAACAGCUGCACCCCCAGCCUCCGGACUGGGCCCCCAUUCCCCCGGGGAGAGCUUGCACAGCAAGGCACACGGACUGCUGGACAAGGCUUCGAUGCUCAUGCAAAUGUUCGCCAGCACGCAUCUGGCAAAGCCCCGAAGCCACGACGAGUUUCAGCAAAACUCGCUCAAGAAGACGCACAAGGGCAACCACUGGGGAGAUCUGCGUGCCCAGUUGGAGGUGGACAUUCAGGAGGUGGCUGCACUGGCCGCCACUUUGAGUUGCGAUCGUGAGAAGUUGGCCAAUAUCAAGCGGGCUCUGCGUCAGCAGCAGCAACAGCAGCAACAGGCGGAUAUCACCUCUUCCUCCGCCGCUGGUCAUCCAGUUAUCAAUGCCCAAAACGGAGCACUGACCACCUUGUCCCCCCGUUGCCGACGAGCAGUGCCAACUGGCCACGAACUGGCUCCAUAUGCUGCCGGAGGAGCCAUAUCCUCCGACUCCGACGAAGACAUUAGCUAUUCCAACUUUGAAUGGGAGAAGGAGGGCAAGAGCCGACGAACUGCCCAUAUGCGAGGCGACUCUAUAGCCACCAUUGGCAGGGAAUUGACCACGGUGGUCCGAAAGAACUUUGCCCGUACGCUGCAACAGCUUAUCCAACAUGGACUCCGCAUCCCAGCAGAAUCGGCGGCCUCCAGUUUGAUGGUCCCCUUUUUAAGAUGCCUGCAUCCCGGGCCGCCGAAAGUCCCGCUGGCAGCUGGCGAGGAGUCGCAGUUCCUCGGCUUCGGCAGGGCCAUGCACGCCUGGGAGUUGGUACUGGCUUACUACAGAUUGAAGCACGGCGAGGAGUACAACAACACGCCCGCCAGAAAGUUGUCCCAGAGCUUCCAGCUGGACAUUGUAGACGCCCAGGCGGUGACAGCCAAACAGAGUUUGCUCAGCGCCGUGGGCAUGAUCUUGGCCAUGCAUCGCCCCUACAAACGAAGCAACAACGCCCACUUCAAGGCAUUCGUCUGCGCCGGACUCAACUCCCAUCUGCUGGUGGAGUGGCUGAAUCUGAUCCUCAGCUGUCACGAACUGGUGGACACGUACUACACGGUGAACAGCUAUGUGGCUCGCACGGGAUUCCGGGACUCGCUGCGCUCCAUCGACGCUCUGUCCCGAUUCGACUUCGACCUGCCGGUGGACCUGGCCAUUCGACAUUUCCGCAACAUCUAAACGGCUGACUUGUACAUUUUUUGGCUUAGACUAGAUCAACUAUUCAAUGUCCAACGGGGAAUUUAGUCCAACUCGUAUUCUCUCUCUCACUUAAUGUAUAAACUCGUGUAUAUAACUUUAGAUAUGUCCCAUUAAAUCAAUUGCUAAUCCUAA